AUGCAGGCUUUGGUCGACGGCGAGAUGUUCGCAGUGGUGCCAGUUCCGUGGUGUCCACAUUUAGACAGUCUAUUCGCAAUACCACCCUCGGUGAAAUUCGAGCAGGGAGUAAAAUGUACAGAGUGCAACGAGAAGAAUGAAAAUUGGGUGUGUCUGCAUUGCUAUGUUACUGCCUGCGGUCGCAGCAUAAACGGUCAUAUGCAGGCUCAUCAUCAGGCGACUCAGCACGCGUUAGUGCUCUCUCUCCUCGAUUUGUCCGUGUGGUGUAACAUAUGCGACGCGUACGUCGACAAUCCUCUGCUAUACGACGCUAAGAACAACGCUCACAGAUGCAAAUUUGGAGAGGACAUGCCGUGGUGUUACCGAACGGACAUACAAAUGGAG